AUGAUUUACAAGAUUUUUGUUAUUGUAAGAGAAGUAUUUAAUGUAGAGGAUAGGAUUAAUUGUAAUGAUAACAAUGAAUCUGACGAUUCAAGUGAUGAUAAUUAUACAUUGACACCAGAUUCAUUGCAUGAUAUAGGAACAGAUUCUACUAUGCUAACUUCAGAUUGGCCAUUUCCAUCAUCAACAACAUCUUCCUCUUCCUCAAUCAACGUUGACAAUAUUUUUACUAUUGAACAACAAGCAUCAAUGAAAAUUCCAUUCACUAUUUGGGAGGAUCCCGAAGCUGAUGAUACUUAA